AUAAUCAACCAACCAAAGCCCCCAAGGCGUCCUGUACUGAAAUCAUAGUUUCCCUGUAAAGGGUACUCCUAAAACCCUAAUUCCCCAAGAGAACCUUUGGAUUUCAUUUAUACUUGGAGAGGAAGAAUUGGUUCCACAACUUCCACUGUGGGGUUGCAGAAAUGUUAGGAGUUCGUAAUUCUCUGAAGCUUUUUACAAUCAAAUCAUCAUCAUCUAUUAUUGCAAAACCUUGUCUCAUUAUCCCUAAGAAUACAAUUCGUUGUUUCUCUUGUCCAAGAACAACAACCCCAUUUUUCACUAAUCGGAAUCUAGGUUUUGUAUCUGUUAAUAGAAAUGGUAGUGGUGACGGUGCUGGUUCUGUAAGUAUUCGUGGGUUUUCUUCUGCUGCUGCUUCUGCUUCAACUAAUCCAGUUGAAUUGAAUGAUUCAGCUUCGUUUUCAGGGGUUGUGUAUGAUACUGUUGAGGAAAUUAGAGCUUCUAUUCCUGUUAGAUCUUUUUUUCUAUCUACCAGUAUUGAUUUGAGAAGUUUGAUUGAUUGGAAUAAAGCUAAUCACAUUCCGCCUACUUCAAGAAUGACUAACUAUGCUGUUCUUCGAUUUGGGGAUACCAAUUCAAAUCCUCAUGACUUGGAGGCUAGCUUAAGUGGGAGCGAUUACUGUUAUAUGGUAGUUUUUCAAUAUGGAUCUGCUGUUUUGUUUAAUAUUAAAGAUAGCGACGUUGAUGGGUAUCUGAAAAUCAUAGAGAGACAUGCUUCAGGGUUGCUUCCUGAAAUGAGGAAAGAUGAAUACGAGGUGAGAGAGAUCCCAAAUUUGCAGACUUGGAUGGAAGGCGGGUUAGAUUAUAUAAUGUUGCAGUACGUAAACAUUGAUGGGAUUCGUACAAUUGGUAGCGUCCUUGGGCAAAGUAUUGCUCUUGAUUACUAUGUCCGGCAGGUUGAUGGGAUGGUUGCAGAAUUUACAGACAUUAAUCGUGGAAUGGAGAAAACAGGAACCUUUACCAUGGAAAGAAAAAAGCUAUUUCAACUUGUUGGGAAAGCGAAUUCUAAUCUUGCUGAUGUUAUUCUUAAGCUUGGGCUUUUUGAGAGAUCAGACAUUGCCUGGAAAGAUGCUAAGUAUGCCCAGAUAUGGGAGUACCUUCGAGAUGAAUUUGAAUUGACUCAAAGAUUUCAAACCCUUGAUUUUAAGUUAAAGUUUGUUGAGCACAAUAUUCGCUUUUUACAGGAAAUUCUUCAGAAUAGGAAAUCAGAUUUCCUGGAGUGGCUUAUCAUUAUACUUAUAGGAGCAGAGAUUCUCAUCUCAGUAUAUGACAUAGCCCACAGGUCAGCUAUAACCUCGCUUUAGUGUUCUUAACAUUGGGAGCGGGGACGGAUAGGCAACAUGAGCUGUCUCAUUAAAUGGUCAGAGCAAAUUGGGCACUCUCUACGACAGCUGAACAUGAACGUAACUAAGGUAUCUUGAUAUGGAUCUAAGAUUUUGUUCUUUUUGUUCAAGAUUAAUGGUGUAUAAAUCUUUGCGAAGAAUAACUAUUUUAGCCAAACACGGUAGUUUUCAACAUCUUCAUUGAAAUCUAGUUGUAUAUGAAAAAAUAGGCAUUUACAUGCCAAGAAACUGUGGAAAAGACAGUACUGUUAAUAGAAUUGAUUUCAGAUAUGAGGAUCUGUUGUGUUUCA